CUGAAGGGAUUAUGGCAAGUCCUCCCAAGUCUACUAUGAAAACCAAAUUCCAUCAGACCCCCACUUUAGCCUCUAUUGAUGUGCACCAUGCUCCUUUUCUGAGGUCAUUUACUGAUAAUUUGAUGGGUACUUCCACAACUGUGAAUCCCCAAGUUAUGUCUUCAAAUUACCUGAGGAAAACUCAGAUAAACACAGCUUUUACUAUACAAUACAAGAAGUCAAUAACCAAGGAUAGAGAGCAUCUGCAAAAGAAGCAGACCAAACCAAAUCCUUCCUAUUCCCCUUCCGGUUGGUUGCCAACCAGUAGUACUCUCUUGAAAGUAAAAAAUAAGUCCUAUGAGAGGGAUCCUGUAUUCAGAUCUCAUGAACAUUAUUCUGUAUUGGACUCUCAGCACAAUCCGGGAGAUCUUUUAUUUGAAAUAGUUUUUGGAAUAGAGCACAAAGGACAACUCCCACCUGUUGGAAGCACUCUGGAAAAAACCUUCAUAGAUUCCAUUAAGCAUCAGGUACAAGAGAAAGUGAAACUCUUCUCAAACAAAAUCAAAGAAUUCAAGUUAAAGGAAAUUAUGAGAAAAGAAGAAACUGAAAUGGGCAGACAAACCGGCCCAAACAUUGUAUUCAUGUUCUGGCUGCAUCUAACAUCAGAAGAAAAGAACAUAACUCACUUACUCCAUUUUCAACUGGAAGAUCUUAGUGGUGUAUUUAUAGGAGCUGGCAAGGUCCAAACUGUUUUGGUGAGAGAUGUGAAUGAAUGCAGCUCUGGAAUUGGUUUAUGUGGCAAUGAGGCACUUUGUCUCAAUGGAUAUGGAACAUACUUCUGUCAGUGUAAAGAAGAGUACGAGGACCAUUCUCUGACAAAAUCGGGUACUCUGUGUGUUCGUAAUCCACGGUCAGGUUUGGACUCCUUGUACAGCUACACCGAGAUUAUUGUAGGAAUCACUGUUUUUUUCAUCACUGUCCUUGUAGUGGUGAUCAGUGUGCUGUGUACUAUCAUAAAGAAGAGACGUAUUAAAAAAGACAUGCAUUUCCGAGAGGCUGCUUUGCCUGGAAUGGCAGCAGGGCCACAGCUGCAACCCACAACCUUUGAUCAUAACAACAUCCGUCCUCUCCUCACUCUAGACCCUGCCCAGUUAAAGGUCAGAGCCAAGGCACCAGAAUGGCCCCUGCAGUUGAGAACUAGCCCCAGUGAAACGUACAGAGUAUCUAUUGAGCAGUCUGAAUGCUUGUGAAAAAUAAAAAGGAAAAAGAAAAAAAAAUAAUUAAAUUAAUUAAACCCCUCCCUCCCCCAUUUCAUAUUAAACUUCCCUUUGUUGUGGUUG